AUGGAUUCCCUCCUGAGCACAGUAGGAAACCUCCUACCAUAUCACCUCCUCGGCUAUGGUGCUCUGCUCGGAACAGAGCUGUACCAGAGUUUUGUCAACACAAAGAUCUGCUUUCAGGUCCUUCCGAUGAAAGAAUUCAUCGUACUCCAAAAACGACUUUUCCCCGUCUACUUUGGCACCCAGGUUGGCCUGACAGCCCUGACGGCAGCGACCUGCCCGCCAUACAGUAUCCUGUCACUUUUGAAAAAUCCUUGGAGCGCUGGGUCUCUCGCAGUAGUUGGAUUGAUGGGCUGUCUGAAUUGGCUCGUGUACGGCCCGAAGACGACGACUGCCGCGUUGGUAAGAAGGGCACUGCAUGAGAGCGAGAAUACACAUUCCGACUCCAACUCCAAUGGGUCCAAGGUGGACCGGGCUAAUCGCAAUUUCUCGCGAAACCACGCGAUGGUCAUUCAUUUAAACGCUAUUGCUAUGAUCGCCACGGUUGUCUAUGGGUUUUCUUUAUCGUCCACUCUUACAACAGGACUCUAG